GAUGAUGAUGGCGGGCGAUUCGAACCCUGCUCUCCCAGAUCCUCGUCCUGCGCUCUAACCACUGCACGGCACUGUCUCAGGGAGACAGGAGGAGCCGCCGGAAGAAGCUGAGGCCUGGAUGCGACGCAGAUAACAUUUCAAAGAGGGAUGUGGUUUUUGCUCGGUGAGAGUUUGGGCGUCCGGCUCGCAGGAAGUCUCUCUUUUGCUUCGAAUGAGAAGGAGCGGCUGCCGAUCAGAGCCCUGCAUCUGUGUCGGGCCCCCCGGAGAGAUGCCACACCCGAGGGCCCUUUGGAGAGGAAGGGGGCCCCCCAGGCACCCGUGGCUGGUGGCCGUGGCCCUGUGGUUGGCCGUGGCGUGGGGGUCAGGCGGUGACGAUGGAGCCCCCCGAAAUCUGAAGUGCUUCAAGGCCUGCUGCUGCGGGACAGAAGAGUGUCGCCCCAAGUGCAGCUGGGAGGCCGGGGGCCACAUGGGGGCCGUCUACAUCCUCCAUCUUUGGUACCCUGACCACCCGCCUGGCGAAAGGCACGCCACUUUCGAGACCGGGAACGCCACCUCCCUGUUUCUGAAACGGGAGCACGUCUACAUGGAGGUGAAGGUCACUGUCUGGGUGGAGAGCUGGGUUGGCGAAGGCCUUCCUCCUCUGCGGUCGAACAACCUCACCCUGGUGAUCAACCAAGCCGUCAGGCUCGAAGCACCCACAAAAAUCAAAUUUUCAAGGUCAAGAGGCCACAUGACCCUGACGUGGAACGAAACCCACAACUGCUGCGCUUCCUCCCGGGAGAAUCAAGUCAGGAUGCGGACAGCAGUGCACGCCAACUGGACCGCACGGGUUGGGAUGGAUGACCUGGGGGUGCCCCUCCUCGUCCAACAAUUCUGCCAUUCCGGAGCUCUGAGGAAUCUGGAGUUGGCAACCUCGCUAAUGCCGCCCCCAAACAGCUGCUUGAAAUCUCCCUGUUAUGUAAAGGGCACAGGGCGCAAAGGGUGA